GAGCCCCCUUUUUAUGUAAGCUUUGUAAGUGUUUAACACUGUGAAACCCCACAGAAUGCCUGAAAUAAAGUCCAUGUUUCGAGAAGUACUUCCUAAACAAGGCCAGUUGUCAGUGGAAGAUGUACCCAGCAUGGUGCUAUGUAAGCCAAAGCUGCUGCCUUUGAAAUCUGUCACUCUUGAAAAGCUAGAGAAAAUACAACGAGAAGCACAAGAAACCAUACGCCAGCAGGAAGCUGCGCAAAGGGAACUUCAGCAAAAAUAGCAAUUGGCCAAUGCUUUAUGCACCAUCCAGCCUAGAAGAAAUUUCAUCUGGUCACCUAGGCUUUUCACAACUUGCCCAUACUGCAGUAUUUAUUUUCACAGACAUUGUGUAUUGAGCCCAUGUUGUGUUCACAGUUUCUCAGCUUCUGCAAAUAUUUCAUGUUGAAUAAUACCAGAUUAUUUUAAGAGGCGGUUCUGUGUUAAUAGUAACUUGUAUCAUGAGGAUUUGUUUUACAUGUUUUGUUUUUCAAAUUUAAAAUAUCAGGACUGUGCUUACUUUGAUGUGAGGGAUUAAUUGUCACAAAGUACAACUUUAAUAAAACUUUGAAUGACCGUAA